AUGUCGACAACCACCACAACAACCACUCGCACUCGAACGAAGUCCACGGGGAUGGAGGACAAGGUGCCCAACCGAGGCCGCAUGACCUCGUCGUGGCACCUCAAGCCUUCGUCGCAGUACGACUUUGCCGAGCGCAUGCUCGUCGCACUGGGCAUUGCACCCGAGACAUCGUCCAACCCCCGUCCACCUCCGCCCGUCUAUCCCAAAUCCACACCCGUGCCCGUCUACCCCGUCUGGAAGAUGCACCGCCUGGUCGCCCCGCAAGCCGCCGCACCCUUGCUGGUGCACCACUUUUUCACAUAUUUCACCGGCAUCCAGGUGCCCGUCUACGUGGCGACUACGCUGUACCUCGCGUACUUUAUCUGGUACGGCAACGGCGUGUUUCGAUGGUGCAACGAUAUGGCCAACAAGUUUGGCACGUUCGACGGUGCUUCCGCUCGCGACGGUGUUCCGGACGCCGACACAUGGGGCGUUGUCCUUGGCCUUCUGAUGGUCGUCGUAUCCCGCUCGCUCAUCGCCGUACCCUACCUCUACGACCCCUCUACACCCUUGCUCGAUCUCAAGACGGUGUUGAUGAUGCCGGUGAACAUGUUUAUGUUUUCCACCGCUGUGGAUUUCUGGUUCUACUGGUACCACCGUCUCAUGCACGAAGUAGACCUACCCUACCUCAACCUCUGGCAAUACCACAAGAAGCACCAUCUCACCAAGCACCCCAUCGCCGCUUUGGGCGCAUUCGCCGACCACGAGCAGGAGUUCUUCGACAUGGUCGGCAUCCCCAUCCUCGCCUGGCUCACGUGGCGCAUCAACUUUGCCACUUGGUGGUUCAGCACCUGCUACAUCUUGUUCAUCGAAGCCGCUGGCCACUCGGGUCUGCGUGGGUACUUCCAGAAUCCCAGCACCUGGAUCCUGCGCUACUUCGGCGCAGAGCUGUGUCUGGAGGACCACGACAUCCACCAUCGACAGGGAUGGAAAAAGUCGGGCAACUACGGCAAACAGACCCGACUCUGGGACACCAUCUUCGGCACAAAGAAGGAUCGCAUCGAGGGAACGCCGGACAACAUCAACUGGGACGACCCCAUGGACGAGCCCCAGCCUGUUCCCCAGGAGGAAAAGUAG